CGAACCGUCAACGUCGUCUACGCCCUUGGACUGCGAAGUCUCCAACUCAAUUACCACCCCCACUCUCUUAUCAUCCUCCCCUCUCACACAAUGUUCCUUCGCUCCGUGCCCAGAGCUGCUGUUCGCGGCUCAGCCAUUCCCACGGCUGCUCUCCGCACCUACCGCACUGCUUCUUCCCCUCUGGCCGCCCUCAAUGCUCGUCCUCAGACUGAAGUCAAGUCCCUCGCUGGCCGCCAGCAGACUCGCGCCUCUUCCGAGCAUGCUAUUUCCAACCCGACCCUCGCCAGCAUCGAGAAGCGCUGGGAGUCCAUGCCUCCCCAGGAGCAGGCUGAAUUGUGGAUGCAGCUGAGAGAUCGUAUGAAGACUGAUUGGCACAACUUGACUCUCCAGGAGAAGAAGGCCGCAUACUGGAUUGCAUUCGGUCCCCAUGGCCCUCGCGCACAAACCCCCAAGGGUGAGGGCAGGAGGGUAUUCUUCAAGGUGGCUCAGCUUCUCCUUGUUUCUCUUGGUCUUGUUUAUGUCAUUCGUCUUGCGGCUAAGCCGGCACCACGGACGAUGACGAAGGAGUGGCAGGAGGCCACCAACGAGUAUGCCAAGAGCGAAGGUAUCAACCCUCUUCACGGCAUCAGCAGCGAAGGUUACAAGGGCAAGGGCUUCGUUCAGAGCGCACCUGCCGAGAAGUAAAUGUGUUUUUGACAAGGAGACGAUUUCGAGGGGAAAGUGGAUGUGCUGGGUUAAUUGUCCAUGCGUGGCGGAGCAGACUGGUCGCGGCAUUUCAUUUCUGAAGCAUCGGGGUCUGUGGCCAUGCGUUGUUUUAAUUCUAUAUGGGGAUGCAUCGCCCCUUGAUCUCCAUCCUGUGACAAUCUCAACACAAAACCUUGUGUGUCCGAUACUGUGCUAUAACCAAUGUAUUUCUUUAUUUAUUCUGCGAUUUGGAAUGGAUUUUGUAGCUUCUGAUGUUUUGUGUGGUAUACUAUGUUUUUAUGCCUAGCUACUGGAUAGCCCUGGAGGCAUCUGGCAUCCACUGGUGCUAUUCAGCUUAUAGGAUAUAUUAGGAAGGAUCUGAUAGCAGAGAUGAAUUGCUGUGGUUGACCAUUACAUGGAUGUACAUACCAGGUACCUAGGCAGUAAUCCCGAAUAUACGGAGGACGCGGGAAGCGUCAUUUUUAC